AUGGAAGAUGGUGAAAUCGAUGGAAACAAAGUCACUUUAGACUGGGCCAAACCUAAGGGUGAAGGUGGCUUUGGUGGUCGAGGAAGAUGCAGAGGUGGCUUUGGAGGCCGAGGUGGUGGCAGAGGUGGCCGAGGUGGAUUUGGUGGCAGAGGCCGGGGAGGCUUUGGAGGGCGAGGAGGCUUCCGAGGAGGCAGAGGAGGAGGAGGAGACCACGAGCCACAAGGAAAGAAGACGAAGUUUGAACAGUUUCUUCUAUCCCUGUCUCUCCCUCUUCCAUUUGAAAGAAAGGACUCUGGGGUUUUUACUCUGUUACCUGAUCAAUGA